UGUUGUUUCAUUCGGUUGAUAGUACUCGGGUAUGCGAUCCUCCGAGAACGUUUGAAUGGAUCUUCUUUUUCUACCUGGGGCGUUCUGGAUUGUGCAACCACGAGACGCAGAAUCAGUAAGUGGAGGAGCGGCGCAGAAGUCAAUAGAGUGCAAAUCCGAUUCAAGUUGCGCCCCUAGGCAAAAAAAAACUCUACUUUGGUGCCAUCGUAAAGGCGCAUUCUACUUACAAACGCAUAUUAUUGUAAAGUUCGUUUCAACAAUCCUGUGCCCCUACCCCCUGCACCCGGCUCACCGCCCCAUGCCAUGAGCCAAAGUUCAACGUAAUUGCGUUCAAAAGUGCGUGUACUUGAGAAUUUUUUAUAUUUUUGCUUUAUGCCGUGAGUGUUACUCUAUUGUUUUCGGCUUUUCGCCGUUGCAAAUAUGUUUUGAAAGCAAAGUCAUGCUGGAUCACAAUAGCCGGGGAACUACAUUCACAUAGGUACAUACAUACAUAUGUACAUAUGUAUAGGCCCAGACCUUUCUAAUGCUCAAAAAUUAGUUUUCUGAAGUGGCUGAUAUUACUUUGUGUGGAUAGGCCAAAUUGAUAUGCCUCAGUUGGUAAUGAAGUGAGUGGAAAGAUAUUUUGAAAGAGUUUAGGUUGUGGGGGGCCUAAAAUGAAAGAGGGAAAGGUGAAUGAAAUUAAAAGUAUUUCAAAAUGCUUCCUUAUGUGCAAGAUGGCCACAGGCCAAGUUGCACUUCAACAAGUACUUUCCACAAAGACUUUUGGGCUCAAUGGAGAAGCAUUGGUCGGUUUCAAACUAUUAACCACACUCUGUCCUUUAUUGCUUAAACUUAGGAUAUGAAAUACUUUGUGGAUUGUAUCACCACCCAUUCCUUAAAGGUUAUAAAACGGCCUCAAACUUACUCCAAGACAAAGCUUUCAAUUUCUCGAUUGGAUUACAUUGGCACUUCAUUCCGUCCAACGUUGUAAUGCAAGUCGGUCAGUUUGCUUGACCCGCCUUCCUCUGAAUAACCCCUUUGAAACCGCCUCCGCUCCCCAAUUACAAGCAAUAAUAAUUUUAAUUAAAUGCACCGAGACCAAGGCAGUUGACCAAAACAAAGGCAAGCAAACAAAGAGACAGCCCAGCCAUGGAAAUGAAUCCCGAAAUGAGUUGCAAACAAAUUACGCCGCAGAAAUGGGCUCCAGCGGUGACAAAUUACAAGGAAACAACCCGGUGGCGAUGAGAAAUGACUACAGGCGGGCGGAGGAGCGCAGUGGUGAAUGCCAGACAGGGACGGAGACAGCCGAGCGGUGUGCGAGCGGGAGGACGACUUACAACCAGUGCUGCCAACUCAGCUCAUUUCGUACGGUGUGCAGAGAAGGUAAGCAUUGGUUAAUCGUAUCGGUGAUUAGGAUCUGAAAAUUUGGUUAACGGUUAGGGUUAAGUAUUAUACUUACUUUGCAAUAUACAUAUGCAUGUAAAUAAAUUAUGUGAGAGCAUUUUCCAAAGGCCAUAUAUGGGGCUUGUGACUUACAUGUAUCUUCAUAAUGGAUUUCGUUGAAUUUGGCCAGUGAAUAAUGCCAUCACUUUCCUGUUACCAAAAACCAGAGGUGAUGAAUUUUAGCCAACAUUUGACCCAUGCUGCGACCACGUGGUCAUUGUUUUCCCAGCAUUAUGUUUAGAAUACCAGGUUGCAUUUAAGUUCGCCAGCUUUUAUUGCAUAAUUGCGUAUUGUAAAUUGUGAGUUGUGAAUGAAAACCAGCUGUCUUCCGAAUUCCGCCUAAGGCCUCUUUGCACCUUUUGGCACGCGUAGUUCUGGCCACCUUAGGGCUCCAUCCAACUGUUUCACUUCCGGAGCCGCUAAAACUACAGCGAGCCAAUGCAGUUCGUACUUGACCUAUUGGUCGCCCCCGCUGACUUGGGCCGCAUGCCGCGCUUUUCACAUUUCCAGUUUCUCCACUUCGGGUUGCUCGGGUUUUACGCUCAGAUUUCCAUCUGUUUGUAUUUUCCUCCCAAUUUGCGACCCUUGUCGAUGGGCGGUUUGUUGUCCGUUGUCUGUGCCAUUUGUGUUAUGGGUGUUCUGUCCAUUAGCAGCAUUUUUGUCGGGUUUUUGUUCAAUUAGCAGUGGGCAAUUUCAUAAAUAUGUAGUCUUCACAUCAUAACGAAGAAAUACUUCAAUAAUUACAUGCAACCAAAUUGUUUUAGUUCUUGGAAAUCUAAGUUAAACGACACAAUUUUUUAUACACCAGGAGGACGACAAUUAAGACCAAAUAUUUCUAAUAUCGUGUUUUUAUAUAUGUACAUAAAUAUAUAUAUUUGAUGAGCAUUAAUUGCCGACUUAAUAUAACAAUGUCCGUAUGUCUGUCCUUUCGUUUAUAAGUCGGAACAGGACCGAUUGAACCACUAUAACACAUAUAUGACUAUCAGAUACCCGUUACUCAGCUAGUAAAAAUGAGAACAAGAAAUUCUAUAAUUUUUCUAAGACAUCGAUAGAUAUUGGUGAAUAAAAUGAGAAAAAAUUAUAUAAUCCUUUAAAUUGUUGUAUUUGAGAGCUUAAGAGUGGUCGUGGUAAAAAGUUUAUUGGCUAAUCGAUAGAAAUUUUUAAUGGAAGGUGGACUCUUUUGUAAAAAGUCAAAGCGCGCUGAAAUUGAACUGAAUCAUGCCAUACUUGAUAUUUCCUUCACCUUUAAUAGGUUUUAUCGAAAACUGAUUGAUAUUAUUAUGUAGAAAUGAUAUAUUUUCUAAGCAAGAAAUACAGCAACAAAAAUAAAUCAACAAAAUGUCGAACAAAAUAUACUGGGAGCCGACAAAGGCUUUCCGCCCGGAAAACGAGAGGGAGAAAGUAAAUAUCUGGCACCGGUCAUUCAAACCGACGUACGAGAAGGAGGAGCCCCAAAUGGCACUGCUUCUAUCCUGGCACUACGGUCGCCAGUGGGUGGAGGAGCGUGAUAUGCACAAGAUGGAGACCAAGGUGAAGAUGAUGAAGGAGGCCAAAUUCAUUCCACCCAACUAUACCAGUUGGCUUGAGAAGCGGAGGCCCAAAAGGACUAAAGAACAGCUCAGAUCUUGAUGUUUUAUUUGUGUUCAUUAAGUUGUCCAGUUAUUGAAUAUAAACUUUUGUAAAAAUUGUUUAUUAAUUAAUAGUCACGUUCUGGCUUUCUUUAUAAAAUUUGUAUCUAAAUGAG